AUGGGAAACUAUCUGCCGAGGAAAUGCAGGUGGCAGCAGGACACUCGAAAAAUACCUUGGAACCCGAGAAUCCAAAACCCCAAAGUGGAAACAUCCAGAUGCUGGUGUCUCCACGUUGCUGAAGGGUGUUUCUGCCUUCCGUGGAAAAAAAUACACAUUUUUAAAGCAAGACAAGAUUCCCCAAAGGAAAAUGAGGGAAUGCCAGCUGUUCCCACCCAGGAAGAUGGUGACCAGACAUCUGCAGGGGAGCUGUGCUACACCCUCAUCAAUCACAGGGGCAUCAGGAGAAGGCCUUCGGUGAACUUUGCUGAGGAGUACUAUGAGAAUAUCUCCCUCCCGGCUGAGAGGCCCAGUGAGUCCUUGAGAGGAACUGAGACCGAUUAUGCAGUUCUCCAUGUGCCUCUCACCCCUAGGAAUCCACCUUCCACAGAAGCCGAAUAUGAACUUCUCAUGCCUGGUAGAAUCUACUCUCACUUCCUGCAAAAGCCACGUCCACUUAUGCCCCCUUCUGAGACUCGGUUUUCCCAUUUAUAGUAAUGUAGGUGGACCAGAAUUUGUUUAAUGGUAGCCGUCCAAACAGAAGUAGGGAAGGGCAGUCUGGUUGAAGCAGACAUGGGCACAGAACUCUCCCAGCUUACCUUG